AUGGCGAAGACACCGAAAGUCAAGCAGAAGGCAGGAGCCAAUUCCCGCUCCCGCGCCGCCAGACGCGGUGGCUCGCCCUCGCUCGAUUUGGAUAAGUCUGUCACCGAUGCGCCUCGAGCCUCUGAUGCUACUCCAGUACUCUCCGCACGACCUGGAGGUGGUAUACAGAAGGCCAAAAAGAAACAGAAGCCCAUGAAGCGGGGCCAGCGUGCGCGGCAAGAGAAAGGCCUGGCCCGUGCCGAGAUUGUAAUGGAUCAGCUAGAGAAGAAGAAGUCGGAGUCGCAGGUCAAGAUGAAGAAAGUAAGAGGCAGACGCGCGAUCUGGGAUGAGAUCAACGGGGAGGCUGAGGAAGAGAAGAGGAAAACUCCUAAAUUAUUCUCGGCACGCGGGGACGAUGCGGAGGCAGAGGAUCAGCAAUGGGAAGAUGUGGACGAGCAAGGUGACCAAGAGAUGAAACUGGUAGAUGGCGUCCAGGUGCCGGCAAAUGCUCCUGUCAACAAGCUGGUCGUGGUCGACCGAACGGCAUCGAACGCUGGCUCAGACCUAGACGACAUCAGCUGA